UAGACGGCGCUGUGCACGCGGGCAGCCAGUCGGCGCGUGCGUCCUAGGCAGCCCGGCUGCACGAGGCGGAGGGAGGGGAGGAAAGUUUAGAGUCGGGCUGCGCGUGCAGUUACGAGCUCCAGCCGAGGCGCGUGGGACGCUGCAGCUGUAACGGAGGUCGCGCAUGGCGCCAACGAGUCACUGCGCAGCACGAGCGCGGGGCGCUGUUGAGGAUGAGCUCAGAGAAACACUUCAGAAGAGGAUCAUGGUCCUGGACGGAGGCAUGGGAACCAUGAUCCAGCAAAGGAAGUUGCAGGAAGACCACUUCCGGGGCACAGAGUUCAAGGACCACCCCAGGAGCCUGAAGGGUAACAAUGACCUCCUGAGCAUCACCCAGCCGGAGGUCAUUUACAGUAUCCACAAGGAGUAUCUGCUCGCCGGGGCAGACAUCAUAGAGACGAACACGUUCAGCAGUACCAGGGUUGCGCAGGCCGACUACGGACUGGAAGACCUGGCUUAUCGGUUAAACAAGGCUUCUGCGGAGGUGGCCAGGAAGGCAGCAGAUGAAGUUACAGCACAGACAGGUGUGAAGCGUUACGUGGCCGGAGCCGUGGGGCCGACCAACAGGACGUUAUCUGUGUCGCCCUCCGUGGAGAGACCGGACUUCCGGAACAUCACGUUUGAUGAACUGGUAGAGGCUUACUCUGAGCAGAUACAAGGCCUACUGGAUGGAGGUUGUGACAUCCUGCUGGUGGAGACCAUCUUUGACACAGCUAAUGCAAAAGCUGCAUUGUUCGCUAUUGAUAUGCUGUUUGAGGAGUAUGAACCAAGACCCAUAUUUAUCUCGGGGACCAUCGUGGAUAAGAGCGGCCGUACGCUCUCCGGCCAGACGGGGGAGGCGUUUGUCAUCAGUGUGUCACAUAUGAGCCCUCUGUGUGUGGGUCUGAACUGCGCCCUGGGGGCCACGGAGAUGCGUCCGUUCAUCGAGGCCAUCGGGAGGAACACCAACGCCUUUGUCCUGUGUUACCCCAACGCAGGUCUCCCCAACACGUUCGGAGACUACGACGAGACGCCAGAGACCAUGGCUUCACACAUAAAGGAGUUUGCGCUGGACGGCUUGGUGAACAUCGUUGGCGGCUGCUGUGGAACAACGCCGCACCACAUCAGAGCGAUCUCUGAGAGUGUGAAGCAGUGUAAAGCCAGGUGCGCUCCGACAGACGUCUUCAGCAACUUCCUGCUGCUCUCAGGUCUGGAGCCCUUCCGGAUCGGACCCUACACCAACUUUGUCAACAUCGGCGAGCGCUGCAAUGUCGCCGGUUCACGGAAGUUCGCCAAACUCAUCAUGACAGGAAAUUAUGAGGAGGCGUUAAGUGUAGCUAAAGCCCAGGUACAGAUGGGUGCCCAGGUGCUGGAUAUUAACAUGGAUGAAGGAAUGCUGGAUGGCUCUGUCGCCAUGACGCGUUUCUGCAACCUCAUCGCCUCGGAGCCUGACAUCGCCAAGGUGCCGCUGUGUCUGGACUCUUCCUCCUUUACUGUACUGGAGGCAGGCCUGAAGUGCUGUCAGGGCAAGGCCAUCGUCAACAGCAUCAGCCUCAAGGAGGGCGAGGACGACUUCCUGAAACGCGCCAGACAAAUCCGUCGCUACGGCGCCGCGGCCGUCGUCAUGGCGUUCGACGAGGAGGGGCAGGCGACGGAAACGGACGAGAAGAUCAAGAUCUGCACGAGAGCCUAUCACCUUCUGACCAGCAGGGUGGGCUUUAACCCCAAUGACAUCAUCUUUGACCCCAACAUCCUGACGAUUGGCACGGGCAUGACGGAGCACAGCAUGUACGCCGUCAACUUCAUCAGAGCCACCAGGGCUAUCAAGGACACCCUGCCCGGUACCAGGGUCAGCGGAGGCCUGUCAAACCUCUCCUUCUCCUUCCGAGGCAUGGAUGCCAUCAGGGAGGCCAUGCACGGGGCGUUCCUCUACCACGCCAUAAAGGACGGAAUGGACAUGGGCAUCGUGAACGCCGGCAGCCUUCCCGUGUAUGACGACAUCGAUAAGGAGCUGCUGCAGCUCUGUGAGAACCUCAUCUGGAACCGAGAUCCAGACGCCACCGAGAAGCUGCUGCAGUAUGCUCAGAACAAUGUUAAAGGAGGGAGGAAAGUGAUUCAGACAGAUGAGUGGAGGAAUGGAAGUGUGGAGGAGAGACUGGAGUAUGCUCUUAUCAAGGGUAUAGACAAGUACGUAGUACAGGACACAGAGGAGGCCCGCGCCCAGGUGGGUGUGUAUCCGCGUCCCCUCCGUGUGAUUGAGGGACCCCUCAUGAACGCCAUGAAGACAGUAGGAGACCUGUUUGGAGCCGGCAAGAUGUUCCUGCCGCAGGUAAUAAAGUCCGCCCGGGUGAUGAAAAAGGCUGUUGCCCACCUGAUUCCCUUCAUAGAACAAGAGCAGAUGAUGAUGAUGGCAGCAUCUGGGUCGUCUGAGGACACCGACCCAUAUCAAGGCACUAUCGUUCUGGCCACAGUGAAGGGAGAUGUUCACGACAUUGGUAAAAACAUUGUGGGUGUCGUGCUGGGAUGCAACAAUUUUCGGGUAAUUGAUUUAGGGGUAAUGAUACCAUGUGACACAAUCUUAAAGGAGGCCAUUGACAAAAAAGCAGAUAUCAUCGGUCUGUCUGGUCUCAUUACGCCAUCUCUCGAUGAGAUGAUUCAUGUUGCCAAGGAGAUGGAGCGUCUGAGAAUGACAACCCCUCUUCUGAUUGGAGGAGCCACAACCUCGAAAACUCACACAGCCGUGAAGAUCGCCCCUCGGUACAGUGCUCCAGUCAUCCACGUUCUCGAUGCGUCGCGCAGUGUGGUGGUGUGUUCCCAGCUCCUGGAUGACGGACUGCGUGAGGACUACUUUGAGGAGGUGACAGAGGAGUAUGAGGAGAUCAGGCAGGAGCACUACGACUCUCUUAAGGAGCGCCGGUAUCUGUCCCUGGCUCAGGCGCGGGAGAAGGGCCUCCAUGUGGACUGGCUGUCGGAGCCAACACCAGUGCGGCCCCGGUUCCUGGGAACGCGUGUGUUUGACUCGUACGACCUGAGGAGACUGACGGCCUUCAUCGACUGGAAGCCUUUCUUUGAUGUGUGGCAGCUCAGGGGGAAAUACCCCAACCGAGGGUACCCCAAGAUCUUCAACGAUAAAGCCGUAGGGGUGGAGGCCAAGCGUGUGUACGAUGACGCUCAGGUCCUAUUAAACAGGAUGAUUGAUACGGGGGGUCUACAGGCCAGAGGCUUGUUGGGCUUCUGGCCCGCUCAGAGCCAAGGGGAUGACAUUCUAAUAUACGCCGAAGACGUCACGCCCACCUCGUCCAAUCCCAUCGCGACUUUCUACGGUCUACGGCAGCAGGCGGAGAAGGACUCCACCAGCCCGGAGCCGUACCUGUGUCUGGCAGACUUUGUGGCACCCGUGGGCAGUGGCGUGCGGGACUACGUGGGGCUGUUCGCCCUGGCCGUUUUCGGGGCAGAGGAGCUCUGCGCGGACUUUGAGCGGCAGGCUGACGAUUAUGGCAGCAUCAUGGUGAAGGCCCUCGCCGACAGACUGGCUGAGGCCUUUGCAGAAGAGCUCCAUGCUCGUGUAAGGAAGGAGCUUUGGGGCUACAGCAUGGAGGAAGAGCUGGAGGUCCGAGACCUGCACCGGCUCCGUUACACCGGCAUCCGGCCGGCCGCCGGCUACCCCAGCCAGCCGGACCACACGGAAAAACGCACCAUGUGGCACCUCGCUGGGAUACAGCAGAAAACCGGCAUCAACCUGACCGAGUCCCUGGCUAUGACCCCAGCAGCAGCUGUGUCGGGUCUCUACUUCUCCAACCCCAGGUCCAGAUACUUCGCUGUGGGCAAGAUCAGCCAGGAGCAGGUGGAGGACUAUGCCAAAAGGAAGAACAUCCCUGUGAGAGAGGCGGAGAGAUGGCUGGGUCCCAACCUGGCCUACGACACAGUCUGAACCAGAACCACAGAGCCCAAACAAACAAACAGUGAAGUGGUUUUAAUCCAAGACGACGUGUUCUCUAGGGAUAGUCUCUCUCUCUCUCUCUCUCUCUCUCGCUCUCUCU